AUGGCAACUGCAACUAUGGCCACCGCAGCCGGUGCAGCUGCCUUGUUGUAUUAUACAUUGAACCGUAAGUUACAGUCCCCCACAACUGGCGGUGAUGAUGACGAAAAUGGGGAUGAUAGUGUGCCAAAUCAGGCUCCUUUGGGAAUUGAACGGGUUUCGCAUAGGUUAAUUCAAGCCCCGGCUACAUGGUUGGAGACCAUCUCGACCUUGUCAGAGACUCUUAGGUUUACUUACUCCGAGACUUUGGGGAAGUGGCCUAUAGGGGAUUUGGCAUUUGGAAUCAACUUUCUUCUGAAGAGGCAGGGAAACUUGAAUGUUGAUGGUGUAUUUGGUGGAAUAGACAGUCAACAGCUAAAAGGAUCUCAAAUAAUUGCUGAACUCAAAUACCUCUUAAACUUGCUGACACUGUGUUGGCAUUUUUCAAAGAAACCUUUUCCUUUGUUUUUAGAGGAGACGGGCUAUUCCGAAGAGAAUGUUCUUCUUCAGGAACCCAAGGCAGGAAUCUUGAAGCCUGCUUUUACAAUUCUUGUUGAUCAUAAUGAAAAAUGUUUUCUCUUGCUGAUUCGUGGAACCCAUAGUAUUAAGGACACUCUGACGGCUGCAACGGGAGCUGUUGUACCAUUCCAUCACAGUGUUGUACAUGAGGGAGGAGUCAGUAAUUUAGUUUUGGGUUAUGCGCAUUGUGGAAUGGUUGCGGCUGCUAGAUGGAUUGCUAAGCUUGCGAAACCCUGCCUUCUAGAAGCACUUGACCAAUAUCCUGGUUAUGAACUUAAGAUUGUAGGGCAUUCUUUGGGUGGAGGCACAGCAGCACUUCUAACAUAUAUAUUGCGAGAGCAGAAAGAACUUUCAACAACCACCUGUGUGACAUUUGCUCCAGCUGCCUGCAUGACAUGGGAGUUGGCAGAAUCAGGUGGUGAUUUUAUUACUUCCGUUAUUAAUGGAGCUGACUUGGUGCCCACAUUCUCUGCUGCAUCGGUGGAUGAUUUACGUGCUGAGGUGACAGCAUCUGCUUGGUUAAAUGAUUUGAGAAAUCAGAUCGAGCAGACAAGAAUCCUUAGCACUGUCUAUCGUUCUGCCUCAGCUUUGGGUUCGCGGCUUCCGUCCAUUGCCAGUGCUAAAGCAAAAGUUGCUGGGGCAGGGGCAAUUCUGCGCCCUGUUUCCAAUGGCACACAGGUUGUUAUGAGAAGAGCCCAGAGCAUGGCUCAAGCAGCAUGGACUCGUCCUUCACUUAAUUUGUCGUCAUGGUCGUGCAUGGCCCCUCGUCACCGAGCCUCAGCUGUUCAUUCAAACUCAAAUGAUGAGGGAAGUUCUCCAGGAUCCUCUGGCAGAAACAAAGAGACUUCUGAGCCUCUUCUUACAUCCCCAAAGAGAAUGACAAGCUCAACUGGCAUUGAAACCAUUGAUCUUCCUGUAUCUUCAUCUGUAGGAAUGGAAUGGACUUCAGAGGUUGGUUGUUCUUAUUCUGAUGGAAUGCGUCCAGACACUGAUGGUGAUGUCGGUAAUGAAGGUGAGAGGCUUAUGGACCGUGAUGGACAUGAAGACCGCAUGACUGAAGUUGAAUUGUGGCAGCACCUUGAGCAUGAGCUUUAUGAUAGAACAGAAAGUGAGGAGGCUGAUGUGGCAACUGAAAUAAGGAAUGUGGAAAAUGAAAUAAGGGAAGAGGAAGAAGCGGCAAUUGCAGAGGUAAGUGAUGGUCAGCCAGAGAGCUCUGCCCCUGAUAUGAAGGAAGCACACAGAUUUUUUCCUGCUGGGAAAAUCAUGCAUAUUGUUACGCUUCACCAUGGUGGGCCUGAGUGUGAAAGUGGUAGCCCUAGCUCAAGUGCAUCGGGUAAUGAGCAGCCAGAGGAGACUAGGGUUGGUAUUUUCCUCACUCCAAGAUCUCUGUACAGUAAGCUGAGGUUGUCACAAACCAUGAUUAGUGAUCACUUCAUGCCAGUUUAUAGAAGACAGAUUGAAAAACUAAUUAAAGAACUUGAGGAAGAAAUAGCUUCAACUGGAGAUGUAGUGUUAUAG